AUGGCAAACACUCGAAUAGUCGUCUUGAUUGAUAUGGACUGCUUUUACGUGCAGGUGGAGCAACGUGAAAACCCUGAUUUGUACGGAAAACCAACCGCAGUAGUGCAAUAUAAUCAGUGGAAGAAAGGAGGAAUAAUCGCGUUGAGCUACGAAGCUCGAGCGAAUGGAGUAAAACGAUUCAUGCGAGGGAGCGAUGCAGAGGAGGUUUGUCCAAGCAUUUGUCUUGUACAAGUGCCUAUGAAGCGCGGCAAGGCAGACUUGUCAAAGUACCGAUUGGCCAGUGACGAAGUGUUUCACGUGUUGUCCGGUUUCGACGGUGUAGUGUUGGAGCGGGCGAGCAUCGAUGAGGCGUUUCUGGACGUGACCGAAGCGGUAGAACUGGCCGAGGCGCAGCCUAUCGAUCACUUGUUGACGGUUGACGACCUCCGCAACACGAGGAUGGCGGUGGAUGACGAUCGAAAGAACAUUGUUGACUACUUGACGUAUGUCCAGAACACAGAUUGCGACAUCAGUGACGACCAGCGAAUAAUACGGAAGCUACUGCUAGCCGCUCGGUUAGCUGAAAACAUGCGCAAACGCAUUUUCGAACAGACCAAGUUUCGCUGUUCUGCGGGUGUUGCGAUUAACAAGAUGUUGGCGAAAUUGGUCUGCAGUGUUAACAAGCCGAACGGACAGACGGUUAUUUUUCCGCAGCAGGUUCCCAAGCUGUUUGACAAAACAUCUAUCUCCGACAUACGAAGUCUUGGUGGAAAGUUGGGAAGGUCUGUCGUAAAUGUUUUGAACAUCGAAACCGUUGGACAGCUGGCUGCGGUUCCACUGGGCGUUCUUGUUCUCCAUUUUGGACAAAAAACCGCAAACUGGCUAAAAGAUAUCAGUCAGGGUGUCGAUGUUGAAGCAGUGACGCCAAGGCAGAUAGUGAAAUCGAUUGCCAGUGCGAAAAACUUUACAGGAAAAGCAGCUCUCUCUGCUAAGUCAGAGGUGAAGUUUUGGAUCGAACAGCUCGCUGAAUGCCUGCUUGAACGGCUUCUUGAAGACAGAAGUAGUGUCAUGGCCUGA